AUGCCAAAAGCCAUUUCAAUAUCGAAAGUUGAUGGCAAGCCGGGACAAGUGUACUACCCGCUGUCGCUCGAUGAAGUACCGAAGCCAACCCCGAGGGGCAAACAGGUCGUGGUGAAAAUGCUAGCAGCCGCCCUCAACCAUCGUGACUUGUUCCUGCGUCAGCACCUCUACCCGGCCAUCGCGUUCGGAGUACCUCUUCUCGCCGAUGGCGUGGGUACAGUGGUCAGCCUGGGCAGCGAAGCCAAUCCCGCGUGGAAAGGCAAACGAGUCGUGCUGAACCCGGGCGAAGGCUGGAAGGACAGCCUUGACGGGCCCGAGGACAAAGGCGGAUAUAAGAUCCUCGGAGGGACCAAGACUCUUCCCAACGGUACCCUCCAGGAAUACGUCCUGAUCAACGAGUCUGAGCUUGAAGAGGCUCCCGCUCAUUUGUCCAAUGCAGAGGCCGCGGCGUUGCCCUUGACGGGGCUUACCGCCUGGAGAGCUACGUUUGUCAAGUGUGGUGAGCGAAACCUGCAACCAGGAAGGAACAUCCUGAUCACCGGGAUCGGUGGCGGCGUUGCCCUCGCGGCUUUGGAGUUUGCACGAGCCAACGGUGCCAAUGUCUUCGUCACAAGCAGCAACGAGGAAAAGAUCAAGAAAGCUAUUGCACUCGGUGCCAAGGGCGGUGUCAACUACAAGGACGCCGACUGGGACAAGAAACUACUCGCGCUGCUGCCUGCUGAAAACAAACAGCUUGAUGCCAUUGUCGAUGGUGCUGGCAGCGACGUUGUGUCCCGCGGCGCCAAACUCUUGAAGGCUGGCGGCGUCAUAUCCAUAUACGGCAUGACGGUCUCACCGAAGAUGCCUUUCCUGAUGCAAGCCGUGCUGAAAAACAUCGAGGUCAAGGGCUCAACUAUGGGUUCCAGGAAGGAGUUCAAGGACAUGGUCGAGUUCAUGAAGACGAAGCGAGCACAAGUUGUGGUCUCCCGCGUCGUCCAGGGCCUCGACCUCAACGCCAUCAAUGGACUCUUCGAGGACAUGAAAGCCGCCACCCAGUUUGGGAAACUCGUCAUUGAGAUCUCAAAGGAUGCCGCUGAGAGUAAGUUGUGA